GACGUGAGAAUUCACUGGUUACAAAACAUAUAUGUAAAGGCAAACAAGCAGACAGGACUUAAUGUAAUUUAAGAGAAGACGUGUGAUAAUUCACCUGUGACUUCGUUUGAUCUGAAUGUAACAGCCAAUGGAUCCUGCUCCAGCUCCCAUGCAGAACGAUUGUGAGUCAGAUUUGGAAAAUAAAACAAGCAGGUCAAGUUCAGUCUGGAGCUGGUGGCCCUCCUGGUGUCCAACCUCCAUGUCCCUGUUGAAGACUACAGAGUCUAAGAUUCUUGCCUGUGUUAAGAAUGAUUUAUGGGCCAGGUUUGUGACCCUCCCAAACCAGGACCGAAUAUGGACUCUCUCUCUGACCAACAAGAGGACUCCCAAAUCUGCAGAACAAGCACCUAAGACUCCCCUGGUGAUGGUUCAUGGCUUUGGAGGAGGGGUUGGGCUGUGGAUUAGGAACCUAGAUGCACUGAGUCGCUCACGGACCGUCUACGCCUUUGACCUUUUGGGCUUUGGCAGGAGUUCGAGGCCUAACUUCCCCUCAGAUGCUGCUAAGGCAGAGGAGCAGUUUGUAAACUCCAUUGAACAGUGGAGGCAGGCAGUUGGUCUGGAUAAUAUGAUCCUGUUGGGGCACAGUUUGGGGGGCUAUCUGGCUACCUCGUACGCAAUUCAGCACCCUUCCAGAGUGUCGCACCUUAUCUUGGUUGACCCCUGGGGCUUCCCUGAGCAACCCAAACCAGAUACCCAGCAGAGUCAGGGUCACGGAGCUGAGGUGGUUAAGAGGCCCUCCCCUCCUCGAUGGGUAAAAGCCAUUGCAGCGGUUGUUUCCCUAUUCAACCCGCUAGCUGUUAUCAGAGCUGCAGGCCCAUGGGGUCCAGGCUUGGUGAACAGAUUCCGCCCGGAUUUCAAAAGGAAAUUUGAGGAUCUUUUUGAUGACGACACCAUGACACAGUACAUUUACCACUGUAAUGCACAGACGCCAAGUGGAGAGGUGGGUUUCCGAGCCAUGACAGAAACACUGGGCUGGGCUAAGAGGCCUAUGUUGCAGCGCGUGCAUUUGCUCCCCCCCUUCAUGCCCGUCACCAUGGUGUAUGGGGCUUGUUCCUGGGUGGAAUGCUCAUCUGGGGACAGAGCAGCCGAGAUUAGGGGCAAGGCCCACACCAGAGUCCUGCUGAUAAAGGAGGCCUCACACCAUGUGUACGCUGAUCAACCAGACGACUUCAACAGGGUGGUGGAAAACAUAUGUAAAUCUGUAGACUGACGCCAUGUGUGUGAACGAGCAAGUUCUGUGCUGUAUCUGCACACGUCAUCAUGACGGAUUCAGCCCUGCAGCCUGAGCAUGUGAAGUUCUCUGAAUUGUUCUGGUUUGAGGCAUUUGUAGAUAGAUCAUUAGUCUGAAUGUAAUUCUUCUAUCUUUUUUUAUUGCCAUAAAUUUUUAUUUUGCACAUAUUUGAUGGACGGUUUAUUUUGUAUGAUUACAUGUGUAUUUAUUACAUGAUUUACUUGUUAAGUUUUUCAUCCAGGUGUUGUAACGAUGAAUUUUUGGUUAACACAAAGAGACACAGAUUCAUAUCUUAGGAUGCUCAUGUUUUAUUCAUUUCUGGGCAGCCAGAUGGCUAUUGACUUACCCUUUAUCAUGUGCCUGACAAGGUAAUCUUUCUUUGCCUUCUGUUUCUCUUAUUUCUUUUUCACCUUAUCACAUAGGAGUGUUUUAUACCCUAAAAACUAAUAAAAAACAUCCCUAACCAGCAA